AUAAGGAUGUGACGUGCUUUAUGUCACACGUAUGUUAGUUACUGUGAUAGUUUCUGCCCGAACACGCACGUUUCGCUCUUCUUAUUUUCUUUGUAUAAGCGUUUAUUCUGGUGCCGUGCGACUUCAUGUAACGCCAUAGUUCCUAAUCAUUAAUUGUACAAAAUACCUCCUUUUGUUAUCUGUGCUAAAUAUUACAUCUGUUGCGCAAGUUGGCUCUUAUAUGUUGGUAAUCUGUAAUCGACGGUGUUAUGGUAGGUGUACAGUGUACCGUUUCAUUUGUGGUGGGUAUGGAUAAAUUUUCACUAGAACAUCGAGUGUUUUUAUAUGACACGUACGUGAAGUGUAAUUCUGCCAGGAAAUGCCAGAGAAAAUUUAUUAGGAAGUUUCCCGGAGUUCGGGUUCCCCACAGAAAUACCAUCCAGAAUCUUGUUAAUAAAGUAAGAACAACUGGCGUGAUAACGGACUUGAAGCCAGAACGUACACGUCGAGUAUUAACUGAAGAAAAAUUGGACGAUAUCGCAGCUCGGCUUGAACAUUCACCUCAUAAGACUUUCAAGCGCCUUGCAGAAGAAACAGGGGUAUCAAAAUCGACCGUAAGAAUCGCAGCACAAUUAUUGAAACUACGGUCUUGCGAGACCGCAGUGGUACAGUCUUUGCAGCCAGAUGAUCCUGAUGCCAGAGUUCCUGUUCGACCCAUGGGUCCAAAACCCUCGGAAGGGGUCAGAGUGUUGCCUUCGUCUCCGCAGCCAGACCAGUCUUUCCGGCACACUUCUCCAGUAAGGCAGUGACAUGUAGGUAAUAUGUAGAGGCAGGGUAAGCAGAAUUGCCAGUUUGUGCUGACAUUGAGUAAUAUAUGUUGAUAUUAAUGUGCACCAGAGAUUUACUAUGCUGUUACUCAGUAUCUUUAUGCAGUUUUGCUGAGAAGUAUGUAAUAAAGUAUGUCCUAUCAUAAAGUAUCAUUCAGUUCAAACUGAAUUCAGGAAAGAAUGGUGUCUGAUUCAGUGCUGCUGCUGGGUUAUGAUAUUCUAUAUUCUUGUAGGUUAUUAGAAACAUUUUGGGGGGACCUGAUUUUAUCUUUUAUGUUCUUGAUUAUUUUUCUAAUUACAGGUCUAUUUGUUUCAGUGUGUGGUGAAAGAUUGUGCAGAGUAAAGCUUUAUUGGUGAAGGUCUUGCGUGUACAUUUAUUCAUAUUCUUUGUAUGAGUUACUGUUAAAAGUGAAUGCAGUGCAAGAUGGAACCUGAAGGUUUUCUGAAUAUUUACCUGAUUUGGUGCUUAAGAGGAGAACACAGAACAUGGCCCAAUGGCUUACUCAUCAGACACAUCAUGCCACUAAUCCCUUGAAACUUCUAGAGAUAUCAUUCCAAAUGUUUGAAAAUCUGAGUGGCAUGUAUGGUAUCCUGCAAGCUCAACUAUGGUAACAGUGACACGUGUCUGUACAGGUACGUGGAAAAAUUUGAGCUGAGAGUGGUUAUCAUAGUGUCCUAGAUCAGUCUACAAUGAGCCAUUAUAUUGAGAUUGUUAGUACAGUCACUGUUCCUGACUUAUGGAAACUUCAUAGAAACUGUUGAAAACAAAUACAGAGCUGGAGAAAGAUAUUGAAGUUUAUUACCAAACCAUUACCAGUAGUGAAGUUGGUAAUUCAGAGCAGCUAAUGUUCAUUGGCUGUAUUUCAGAAAGUGAGGGAAGAGAGCAAGAACGAGGAAGUGUGCGUGACAUGGUGGCUACACUUCAAGCUCGGCGAGAAGAAUUGGAAACCAAACUUAAUGAGAGAAACCAAGAAUUAAAGCUGCUAUGCAUUCAGGAAGCAGAGUUGACAGGAGUUUUACCACCAGAAACUCCUAUGGAACCUGGAGAGUUCCCACCGGUAUUCAGACGCCGUGUGGGAACAGCAUUCACUUACCCAGAGAACCUAAUCAAUGACAACAAGUUGAAAUCCAAAGAGGAGGAGACACUGACUGCAUUGGAAUUGGAGUGUAAAAUACAAAAGGGGAUUGCUGAAGCAGCACUUGGGCUUGCCAAUGACACUGCUGCGAGCAAAACUGCUCGGAGGAAGCACAGGCUUAUGUACCAGCAGAGUCGUCGUCGCCUCCUAGAACUAGAAGCAAAGUUUGACUUGUUACAGCAAUCCAGCAAAUCUCAACAUCCAAAGCAGAGGAAGAAGCCGCGGCCACCAUUAGACAGUGAUGUGGAAAAUAUAGAUCGUGAUGUGGUAGGUGAUGCUUUGUCACAUGACGGAGGAGUGAGUUUGUCACCUCUGAGUCCUGAAGCAGUCUCUGUUGAAAGUCAUCAGUACUGGGACAUUCGUCACUCUGCUACCUAUGAUGGCUUGUCUCGGCAUGCUAUGAGAGAUAUAAAAGGAGCCCAUCCUCAAUUGCAACGACAUGGCAGUGGUGGGUUGGUAACGAGCUCUGGAUUUGGGAAUGUACACUACAUGCAACAGUAUGUAACACUAGGAAGUGAACUGGAAAAUCACCGUCCAAAGUUGGAGAUAGGCCCCACUCCAACAUCUGCGUCCACUCUCCCCGGUUACUGGAUGCGACAUGAUUAUGGACCAUAUGUUGAGGUGGAUUCUGGCACGCGUCUGACAUCUGCUCCCAUGCCACGAUAUCUAGUUCCACAAACCCCAACUCAUGCACAAUCCCGUUGGAAUCAGGAGAGGAAGAGGUGGGAUCACGAUAGGUUUGGGAGCUUGGAUCGACGGAAAGCUGCUGCUCCCUCACACAGUAGCAGCAGUCCUUGUUUGGAGUCAUGGAGUAGUGAGGACUUGGAAAUUCAGAGCCAAAUGCAAGGACAUCAGGGUGUUAUGUAUGGUGUAUCCAAAUAUGGACACACUUCAACACAUCAUUCAAUCUUGUGUCCUGCUGUGGAGACGAAGCAGAGUCGAAGUGAUGAACCUCAUAUUCAGCAGGUGUUGCACAGUACUCGUUCUGUGAGUGGGGGAGGAGGCGGAGCAUUGCUCCCAAAUCAGACAUAUCCAGAGCACAGUUUGGGAAUGGAUGGACGUGGGGGAGGACUGCUCCGAACACAGUCUCUGGGUAGUGUAGAUCCACAGCCAACUGACACAUUAAAUAGGAAGCAUAAAGAGAAGGAAUGGUAUGAAACAUCACUGGAUGCAGCUCCUUCACAAGUCCCACAAGAACCACAGUCCCGACCAGCUUCAUCCUUGCGAAAGCGAUCUCCAGAACCUGGUGGACCAGCAACAAGUGAUGCUUCAAGUAAUCUUUCAAGAAGUAGUAGCAAUGUAUCCAGUGAACAGCGUCCUCAGUUUUUUGUGCAUCAUGUGUCCGCAAGUAAAAAUGAGACUUUUGACACAGUUGUGCCAUUUGAGUCACCAAAGAAUCACACAGUGGUUCAGGCUGGGAAGUGGCAGCCUUAUCGGGAAGUGACCAAACCUUUUGAAAUGUCAGACUUCUACAAAUAUAGCACAAAGUUUCGGAAAAAUCAGGAGAUGGGUCGUUCAUCUCUGGUGCCUUGUCCUGACUACAACAGCCAGCAGCCGUCUUACAAUGCAAGUUCCCCAGGAUCCCACACCCAUGUUCUCAAUGGUCCUGCGAUGUGCCUUAAUCGAGGUCCUCAUUUGGAAACUCCUACUCCCCAGCAGAAAGGAAUAUAUCAACCCUUGCAACCAAUGACCUGUCAACCACUGGAUCCAAGCACAAGGAGUCGGGUGGUUUCACCAAAUGCGUCAUUGGAUGGAAGUCUGGUAUUGGGAAGCGGAGAGUCACUUGCUGACGCUUUCUCCACAGAGAUGUUGGCUUGGUACCAAGAUCAGAACAUUCCUCGUUCAGCAACCCUUGUUUAACGGCAAUACUUAACGUAACUUGGUAGGUUGUGAGCUUUUUGAGAUAAUUUGGUGAGUUUUAGGACAUUUUCUUUUUUGUUUCUUAUGCCAUGUUAUGUAUCUGUAGGUAUGUACCGUAUAUUUUCACUAUCAUGCACAUUUUGACAAUCUCAUAAGCUGGUAUGUGGAUGUGCAUAGUUGACAUUUGUGCACUUAUUUUAGCCACUUGCUCUAUUACACUUAAAAUAUUUAACCAUUUAGUUAUUUUACUAUGUAUAUACAAACCAAAGAUUUGAAAUAAGAAAUUAUUUUUAAUACCUGGUACCUGUAAUAAGAAUUUUAAUGUGAAAUUUAAUGUUCUAAAUGACGUUUUGUUAUGUCAAUAAAAACAAACAAACCGUGCUUGUCAUACAUUUUA